UUUUGCCACGCUCAGUCGUAUUGCCAAGCUCGUGGAAAACAGUUCAGCAAUAAACAAACGUUAAAAUGAAAACAAUUGUCAUCUGCUGCUCGCUGCUCUGUCUGGUGCUGUUGAGUGGCCAAGCGCGCGCCGCCGACUGCGACGAGGUCAAAAAUCCAGACGACAGCGAUUUCAAGAACUUCUUCAAGAGCAUCGGCUGCAAGGUGAAGCAGGGCGCCGAGGACGUCGCCGAUGCGGCCAAGCCCUAUACCGAUAAGAUUGGCGAAGGCGCCAAGGAAUUAGGCAGUUCCGUUGUCGAGAAGUACAAGGAGCUGAAGCAACGCCUCACAGACGAUGCCUCCACACCCAAGAGCCCUCUCGCCGUCCAGGUCGACGCUCCCACGGAACGCGUGCCCCUGGCGCCCAUCGCUCCAACCGUGCCAGCGGACGUUGCGAGCAAUGCUCAAGCCAUUGCUGGAUAAGCAUUACCCAAGGCAAAUACCAUUAUUACAGGACUUGUUUUUGGCUUACCUUCAUCUUGUUUUUUUUUUUUUUUUUUUAUAUUUGUUAAACAAACAAACUUGAAUCUGUGUGAAUUUCUAUUUGUUUAUAUAAAAUUCGUGAUUUCUUAGUUAAGAUCAGCAGCAGCGUGACCUAUACACAUAAUGAAGCUUCAUCAAAACUGAUUGCUCCAAAAGUUAUCAAAUGAUCAAAAUAGAACUGUUUCAUUUACCUAAUUUGUCUAAUUUGUUAAUAAAGCUCAGUUAAUUACGUCCAAUA